GUGAGAUCAAACCUCUAGCUAUAGUUUAAGGUUUAACCUGCAGUAGUUACCCGUGUGCACUAAUAUGACUAGUACAAUCACAAACAGGUGCUACUCAGGUCCGGCACGCCGAUGACCUUUCCACACAAACCAUGUCCAGAGACGUAGCCAAUGUGGUGCGGGCGACGUACGGCGAGAUCCCGCCUCCCAUCAUCCUGGUGGGUCACAAUGUGGGCGGAGCUAUCGCGGUGCACGCGGCGGGUGGAGCGCUGCUGCCCUCUGUGCUCGGGCUGGUGGCCAUCGACGUGGUGGAGGGCAGUGCGAUGGAGGUCUUGCACAGCAUGCAAAACUUCCUGAAAGGACGACCCAAAUCCUUCAAAUCCAUCGAUCACGCCAUUGAAUGGAGUGUAAAAAGUGGGCAGAUCAGGAAUCUUGAAUCUGCUAAAGUGUCAAUGGUUGGACAAGUGAGACGGUGUGAGGUGGAGGAAGGCGAUUCGGCCGAGCCGGUGAGUCCAGUGACUGAGAGCGUGGCCGAGGGUCACGAGGAGUUUUACGACCUCAACUACGUGACGGAUAAAGCAGAGAGCAGUGCAUCAGCAGAGUCGUGCAGUGUGUACAGCUGGAGAAUCGACCUAUCUAAAGCAGGAGAAUGAACUGGG